AUUGGGUAUCCGUUGAGAUUUUGGAACGACAGAACCCGGAAAUGCGAGCAAAAGUCAUCUGUCAUCUACUGAAAACUUGCAGGCAUCUGAAAACCCUGCAAAAUUUGAACUCUGAGGCAGCCCUUGUUUCCGCAUUGAGAAACGCAGCUAUUUACCGUUUGUACAAAACCUGGGCUUUGGUUCCCACGAAGGAGAAGGACUACUUGUCCCGUCGUUCGGAAUUCCUCUUGGAGAAGGGGCAGUUCCGCGUAUUUCUAGAAGGGGCUGCACCCCCUUGCGUACCUUUUCUGGGUCCUUUCUUGACCGAACUGAUCACUGUCGAAGAGGCCUACCGAGAUGCGGACGGAUCGAACUGUGCCAGCGUGGAGAGUAGGAAGCGAAAGAUGGACGAUGUUUUGCACGGUGUGCUGCGCUUCCAGACCUCGAAUUAUCAGAAGCUAAGAAGCGUAGAAGCCUUGCAGAGAUACAUCAAUUCCCGGAAAUACAUCAACGCACUCUUCAAGUUCACCGAAGAUGAGCUUUACAAACGUUCCUUGACCUUGGAACCUCAAGAAAGCCCGUCGAGGAGACCAAGCAAUUCUGAAAAGAUCACGUUUUCCAUUGGUUCGCCGACAAAGACUUUCAGUCGCACUAGAAGCGUUGCGUCUUUGAUCAUCCAGCAGACCUCGUCUCUGGUGGCAGGCAACGUCGCGAUGCUGGGGAAUCUCGAAAACUUAGUCUGCGGGAAAGAAGGAAAGUUUCCUUUCAGCCAUCGAAAAGCGCGGAGUCUUGAAACCAGAACCAACAUUGCUGAAGACGGAUACAAAAGAUCAGCAGAGAUGAGCGAUAAACCACGGUCUGUCUCCACGUGUAUUACUCCCAUCUGUCUAAUGGGAGAUGUGACACGGAGUAGUUUAAGUGCCGAGUCUGCUCAUGACCAGUACGAUUUGAACGGGGAACAAGGAAACCCUGCACAAAUGGGCUCUCAUCAGCGGGCCCUAGGUUCCGUCAGUAGCUCUGUGUCAUCAAUGAUGCUAUAUCCCGGCUCUCACGGAUCCUGGUACGGAUCGGUUGUGCGGAGAAGAGCCUUGAAAAAGAAUCACAGGAAGGUUCGAUGGGCGAAGCAGAAGGACUAUUGGAUGGAACUUCACGGCUGUCGUCUGUUCAUGUUCUCUCAUAGACUUUUAGGGGAUAAGUGA